ACCCUUUAAAACUGUAUCAGAUACCCUCCACCAAGGUUUGUAACAAUUACUGGGGUCAAUGCAUUGAUUUUUGAAUAUGCAAAAGAUGUAUGUGAAUUAGUAUUUGAUCUAGACUAUUACCAAAAUCGUCUUGUGUCUUAUAGCAUACACAUUUAAAAAUAUGUCAGAACUGACCGAGAAAUUUAAUAACUGCAUUAUUCAUGGGAAGGAACUUGACUAUUAUUGUCCGAGACACGACGAAGUCAUCUGUGAGUUUUGCAUUGAAAGCAAACAUGAAGGAUGUCGUAACUUAAUUGACGUUGAUCAAAUAUCAAAAGACGCUGAUCUCAGUGAAUUAACAGACAUUAAGGAAGCCGCUGUAGACAUGGAGGAAAAUAUAGAAAGAUUUCUAAAAGAUCAACGAGAAAACAGAACACAAUUAGAUGAACAGAAGAAUGAUAUCGCAUCAGACAUUAAGCAUUUUAGGGAUAAAAUCAAUGACCAUCUUGAUCGAUUGCAACAAGAUCUUAUGGAUGAUUUAUCAGAAACACAUGAAAAACUGGCUGCUCAAAUAGAGGAAACCAUUAAAGAUCUUGAAAAUAAGAAAUCAAAGCUGGCUUCACUGAAAAUGAAUUUUGACAAUAUAGCCGAGGAAGACAAAUCACCGACAAAUUUCAUAAUAGCCAAAAAAGUGAAGAAAGAAUUGACGCGUUUAACGAAACCCUUAUCUGUCCUCCUUCAUGGCUUGAAACAUUCCAAUUUAGAAUUUGACGCCAGUACUGAAGCAGAAUUAAUGGUAUUAGAAAUUGAGUCUUUUGGCGCGAUUGCAAUCUCCGAAAAAUCAUCAUCAUUACAGUUGACUAGUAAAAAUGAAGAUUUGAAAUUAAACCUCAAUCCUGCAAGAAAUAUUGCUGAAAUUAGACUGAAAGUUAAAACUGAUAUUAGGAUAAAGAAUAAAGCCCAGUUGUCUGUACAGAAGUGUAUCAUACUACCAAGCAACCAAUUCCUUUUCGUCGAUGAAAAAAACGAAAGACUCGUAAUUCACGACCAAGAUGGAUCACAUCACCACGAUAUUAGUGUUUCCAAUAAACCAUUUGAUGUUGUUGUAAUCGAUCCCCGACGCGUUGCAGUGACAUUUGGUAGGGGUAGACAACUAGAGAUUUUAGACAUUUCGAAACAUAAAUGUGACAGAAUAAUUAAAACCGCGAAUGAUUGUUGGGGAAUUUCCCAUCGGGAUGGAAAUCUGUUCGUCGUUGUCUACAGAAAGGGAAUAGAAGUAAUCAGUAUUGCUGGACAGUUGAUAGCCGUCAUUCCAAUUAAUGUAGAUCACGUAUUUUAUAUUUCGCUACAUUCCGAUAAAAUUUAUUAUACUGACUGGGCAGAAGACACCGUGAACUGCUGUGACUUUAAUGGCGACGAAGUUUGGUGCUACGGUUAUGACAAUGUCGUUUCAGAGCAGGGAAUAGCGACUGAUGCCGAAGGUAAUGUUUUUGUUGUCGGUUAUAGAACAAAUAACGUUAUGGUUACUUCGCCUGAUGGCCGACGUUACAAAGUAUUGUUGAGCGGGGAAUCAGAUGGCCUAAACUGGCCAACAGGACUAUUCUACGACGCACAAGGAGAUCGCUUAUUGAUUUGCAAUGAAACAGACGGGUAUGCUGCACUGUACGACAUAGAAUAACAUAUUGUAUAGUUUUUGUUAUAACAGACUAUACAAAUAUUCAAAUAGACUAUAUAAAAAGACAUUCACAAAGUAUUAGUAUUAUAAAUGUGAAAAAGCAUUAUUAUGAUAUUGAAGAGUGAGAGAAUAUGUUAAAAAUUUAGAACGUAAAGAAAUAAUUCUCGAAAAAAAAACUCACUACAUGAAGUAUAAUUUAACUUUUGGGGUUCAAAAACCGUCGAACGUAUAAAAAUAAGAAGUUGUGAUAAAAUUGCCAAUGAAACAACCAUAUACGAUACUGUUGUCAGGUCAUUAAGGAUGGCAUAUUUUGGUAUUAAUAUUGAUUCACUCAUAGGGUCUUUGCAUCGGAAAUAAACACAUUUAUUCUAAAACCAUUUGUUGGCAUGAAACGGGUUAUGUUCUUCUCAUAUAUUUUAUGAUGGUAUGAUGCUAAACCCCUAACGGGAGGGAUUGUACCUGAUUUUCAUAUGAUGAAGACAUAAUCUUUCAAUCAGUUUAAUUGAGGUUUGGAGCUGGCAUGUCAGUAACUGCUAGUAGUCCUUUGUUAAUUUAUGUAUCAUUGUCAUUUUGCUUAGUUUCUUUUGUUACCUAUUCUGACAUCGGACACGGAAUUCUUUUAAACUGAGUUUUACUGUGCGUAUAGCUAUGUGUUUCUUUAUUCUACAUUGGCUAGAGGUAUAUGGGGAGGGUUGAGAUCUCACAAAACAUGUUUAACCCCGCCGCAUUUUUGCGCCUGUCCCAAGUCAGGAGCCUCUGGCCUUUGUUAGUCUUGUAUGGUUUUUUUAAUUCUAGUUCCUUUAUAUGUUUUGGAGUUUAGUGUGACGUCCAUUUUCACUGAACCAGUACACAAUUUUAUUUAGGGGCCAGCUGAGGACAACCUCCGGGUGCGGGAUUUUCUCGCUGCGUUGAAGACCCAUUGGUGGCCUUCGGCUGUUAUCUGCUCUUUGGUCGGGUUGUUGUCUCUUUGACAUAUUCCCUAUUUCCAUUCUCAAUUUUAUAUAUAUACACUCGGAGAUUAAAUGACGUAGAAGUAAGCAACUAUAAGUGGAAAAAUACUUUAAGGUUCAUCAUAAUAAAUGGCAAAAAAUUGCUGUGUUUACACCAAAAAUUUACUAUGAAUACAGAUAAACCUGUGCAAAUUUAAAAAAAUAGUUUUAAAUACUAGCUUCCACUAGGUUAAAUGCAGUUUGUGUUUCAGAAACAAAAAAUCUUUUUUUGAUUUAGAUGGGGAUUUUUUCUCUUUCCUGCAGAAGAUGUAAAAUAGACUAAGUUGGGUUAAACCUUUGAGAUGGCCCCUCUCAGGUAACAAUCGUAUAAUAUGAUUUGAAGGGUGUAACUGAGUGGACAGUAUCAAAUAUAUCUUAGGUGUACCAUCAUUGGAAGUGAUGAAAAAAUGCCCAUUAGAUUCCAAAAAAAAAUUUGAUCUUUCUGAAACACAAAAUGCAUUUAAUUUUUAUAUCUCUAGUGGAUUCUAGGCCUUAAAACUUUUCCAACUGCACAGGUUUUUCUGUACUCAAAGUAGUUUUGGGGGUGUAAACACAGAAAUUUUUGUCCAUUUGUUAUGAUGAACAUUAAAGAUGCAAGCCUUGUUGUUCGGCAGAUCGUUUCGCCUAACAUUUUUGAAAUUGCUUCUGAACUAUAAAUAUUUGAUUUCAAACCUAUACUGUCAGAUGUACAUAAACAGAUGUAUUUGUUAACUGCUGAAAUACGAAUUUUGAAAAUUUGACAUAAUUGAGCAAAUGUACUUAAAAUUUUGUAAAAGAAUUCUGAUAUAAAUUCUACUGCAUUAUUUAUAGUUUAUGGAGAGCUUGAGAGGGUUUCCACUCGAAUUUUGGUUCAAAUUGAGGAUUCUUUCUUUAAAAAGAAAAUUUAAAUGACAAUAAAGUCAGUAAUACAGGUACAUUAUACAGUUUAAUGUAAUGUUUAAAAAGUAAUCAUGGAGUGAAUUGCAAGUGGGUUUGCCACAUAAGGCAUUUAUUAAAAGAUUAAGGUGUGA